UGUAUCCUUCUCUUUCUCUCCAACAGGUUAAUCAAGUUUUACAAGGAAAAAGAAAAAUGUCAAUUUCCCGUUGACGGUAGUUUAGAGGUUUUGUCAUUGUCAAUUACAACUUCUCUGUACCAUCAAUCCUCACUAAGAAAGAAUGAAAUUUUGUUGAGAAAAAUCCUCCAACAAGAGAAAACAAAAAAUCAGAUUUAGAAUCAGGAUUUUGAUCUGAAUUCAAUUAUCAACACAACACAGUAGGGGUGAAACAACUACAUUCCGAACAAUGUCGAUGUCUAAUGAUGUUCAUCCAUGUUGUACAGGGUAUUUUUAGUGCCAAGGGAGAUAAAUAUUACCUAAAAGAAAUACAAUGUCGUUGAAUGAAAAUAACGGUGGUGCCGGUGGCGGUGCCAGUGGAAGCACCACCAAAAGCAAUGGAGGACAGACAGUGAAAUUUGCAAGGAGAACUUCGAGUGGACGUUACGUGAGCCUUUCAUCAAAAGAGGAUUUUGAUGUGUCCGGUGAAUUUUCUGGGGAUUACACAAAUUAUACAGUCCACCUUCCACCGACCCCGGAUAAUCAACCAAUGGAUACAUCGGUUGCUGUUAAGGCUGAAGAACAAUACGUUUCGAAUUCUUUGUUUACUGGAGGAUUCAAUAGCGUAACCAGGGCGCAUCUCAUGGACAAGGUGAUCGAGUCCGAGGUGAAACAUCCACAAAUGGCUGGAGCAAGGGGUUCUUCAUGUAGAAUGCCUGCUUGUGAUGGCAAAACCAUGAAAGAUGAAAGAGGAAACGAUGUUGCUCCUUGUGAAUGCAGGUUCAAGAUCUGCAGAGAUUGUUAUAUGGAUGCACAAAAGGACACAGGUAUCUGUCCUGGAUGUAAAGAACCAUAUAAGAUUGGAGAUUUUGAUGACGAUAUACCAGAUUUUUCAAGUGGGGCAUUGCCAUUGCCAGCUCCGGACUCAAACAGGUCAGUAGCAAAAGCAAACAACAAUAGCAAGGCAUUGCUCAAGAGGAACCAAACAGGAGAAUUCGAUCACAACCGAUGGUUGUUCGAGACUAAGGGAACAUAUGGUUAUGGAAAUGCUUUCUGGCCAAAAGAUGAUAUUUACAUGGAUGAUCUGGAUGAUGGGCUCAAAGGAGGAAUGGUUGAAACCAUGGAUAAACCUUGGAGGGCUCUCAGUCGAAGAAUUCCCAUCCCUGCUGCUAUUAUUAGUCCUUACCGGCUGUUGAUAGCUGUCAGAGGUAUAGGACUAAUUUUCUUCUUGACGUGGCGUGUUCAACAUCCGAAUCCUGAUGCAAGGUGGCUAUGGGCAAUGUCAAUCACAUGUGAAUUAUGGUUUGCAUUUUCAUGGAUACUUGAUCAAAUACCAAAACUUUGUCCUAUAAAUAGAUCUACGGAUCUUUCAGUUUUACGAGACAAAUUUGAUAUGCCAUCACCUUCAAACCCAACUGGAAGAUCAGACCUCCCAGGUGUUGAUGUCUUCGUAUCUACAGCUGACCCUGACAAAGAACCACCUUUAGUCACUGCUAACACUAUACUUUCUAUUUUGGCGGUCGACUAUCCAGUUGAGAAAGUAGCUUGUUAUGUGUCAGACGAUGGUGGUGCAUUACUUACAUUUGAAGCCAUGGCUGAAGCUGCAAGUUUCGCAAAUUUAUGGGUGCCAUUUUGCAGAAAACAUAAUAUUGAACCCAGGAAUCCUGAUAGUUACUUUAGUAUGAAAACUGACCCGACAAAGAACAAGAGUAAGCCAGAUUUUGUGAAGGAUAGAAGAAGGAUUAAAAGAGAGUAUGAUGAGUUUAAGGUUAGAAUAAACGGAUUACCGGACUCAAUUAGAAGAAGAUCAGAAGCAUUCAAUGCCAGAGAAGAAAUGAAAAAACUGAAACAAAUGAGAGAGGGUGGUGAUCCAAUGGAACCUAUUAAAGUUCAAAAGGCUACUUGGAUGGCUGAUGGUACACACUGGCCUGGAACUUGGGCUAAUCCUGCCCCUGACCAUGCCAAAGGUAACCAUCCUGGGAUUCUUCAGGUAAUGCUAAAGCCCCCAAGUUGUGACGCAUUAUUGGGAUGUGAAGAAGACAGCCUUAUAGACUUCACCGAUGUUGAUAUACGCCUACCCAUGUUUGUUUAUGUCUCACGAGAAAAACGGCCUGGUUAUGACCACAACAAGAAAGCUGGUGCCAUGAAUUGCUUGGUUCGAGCUUCAGCUAUCUUGUCUAAUGGUCCUUUCAUCCUUAAUCUUGAUUGUGAUCACUACAUUUAUAAUUGCAAAGCCAUCCGGGAGGGGAUGUGCUUCAUGAUGGAUAGAGGUGGUGAAAAUAUCUGUUACAUUCAGUUUCCUCAAAGGUUUGAAGGUAUUGAUCCCUCUGAUCGAUAUGCUAAUAACAAUACUGUCUUCUUCGACGGAAAUAUGCGUGCUCUUGAUGGUGUACAGGGUCCAGUUUAUGUAGGAACUGGUUGUAUGUUUAGGCGAUUUGCGUUGUAUGGGUUUGAUCCACCUACACCAAAGAAGGCAGAAUCAAUGCUUAGUUCUGACACACAUGUUCUUCAUCCAAAUGAGCUUGACCCUGAACUUGAUGUUAAUUUACUACCAAAAAGGUUUGGAAAUUCCACAUUGUUAGCAGAGUCUAUUCCUAUAGCUGAGUACCAGGGCCGUCCACUUGCUGAUCACCCGAUGGUUAAAUACGGUCGACCACCAGGCAUCCUCAGGGUUCCUAGGGAACCACUAGAUGCUACUACCGUUGCUGAGGCUGUCUCGGCAAUCUCUUGUUGGUAUGAAGACCAGACUGAAUGGGGAGACAGAGUGGGGUGGAUUUACGGGUCUGUCACAGAAGACGUUGUAACAGGCUACCGCAUGCAUAACAGAGGCUGGCAUUCAGUCUAUUGCAUCACUAAACGUGAUGCCUUCCGAGGCUCUGCACCAAUCAAUCUCACAGAUCGGCUCCAUCAAGUCCUUCGAUGGGCAACAGGCUCCGUGGAGAUCUUCUUCUCUGGAAAUAAUGCCUUUCUGGCAACUAGAAAGCUCAAGUUCCUGCAACGUCUUGCUUACCUUAAUGUUGGCAUCUAUCCAUUUACUUCCUUCUUCCUCAUUGUAUACUGCUUCCUUCCUGCCUUGUCUCUCUUCUCCGGCCAGUUCAUUGUGCAGAGCUUAAGUAUUACUUUCCUCAUCUACCUUCUUCUCAUAACUAUUUGUCUCAUUUCACUGGCCAUCUUGGAAGUAAAAUGGGCUCAAAUUAGUUUAGAGGAAUGGUGGAGGAAUGAGCAGUUCUGGCUCAUUUCUGGUACCAGUGCUCAUUUAGCUGCCGUUAUUCAAGGUUUAUUGAAAGUCAUGGCAGGUAUUGAGAUUUCCUUCACUUUGACAUCCAAAGCAGCGGGAGAAGAAGGUAACGACGAUAUUUACGCAGAAUUGUACCUAGUGAAAUGGACUUCACUUAUGAUCCCACCGAUUGUAAUCGCAUUAGUCAAUAUAAUUGCGAUUAUAUUUGCAUUCUCAAGGACAGUAUUCAGCGCGUCUCCAGAAUGGAGUAAACUUAUGGGCGGAACUUUCUUUAGCUCUUGGGUUUUAGCUCAUUUAUAUCCAUUUGCUAAGGGAUUGAUGGGGAGAAGAGCUAAGACUCCAACAAUUGUGUAUGUCUGGUCAGGCUUGAUUGCAAUAACUGUAUCAUUGCUUUGGCUCGCUAUGAAUCCACCAGGUGAAUCACCCACGAUUGUCAUUGGAGGAAGUGGAGGAGGAGGUGGAGGUGGAGGGGGAGGGGGAGGAGGUGGAGGAGGCUUCAGUUUUCCCUAAUUAAGAUUGGAGGGUUAAGCUGCGCCUCUUAUAGUCGGUUUUCAUAUAUGGGGGUUUUCUUUUGCUUUCUGGACGGAAACUUGUAUUUUCAUGAGACUUGAUGUAAUUUGAUUUCCUUUUCAACUUUUUAAAUUGUCACCAACAUUGAAGCUUCCCUGAUGAACCAAAUGAUAGUACGAGUGUUCUGGA